AUCUCAUUCAUUCUGGUGAUUAAGUUAAGAACACUUGUAAUUUACUUGAUUAUUAUUUAAAUGAAAAACAGAUUCCUAAUUUUGUUCUCAAGAAUACUACGAAAAUUCGUUGCUUUUACAUCAAGUUGCAAGCCUUCGAAGAACAAUAGAGAGUUUAAGAAUCUUAAGCAAGAAAUCAAAUUCCAAAUUCCGCCAUUAGAAGUUGCUAUUAUUCUUGAUUUAAUCCGUGUUCUUCGUGUCUCCAAAAUGGCCGUCAAUGGAUGUUCUCGCAUCUGGAACUCGAUUUUCCAAUCGCUUUUGCUGCCACCAGAUCUGUACGCUUUAUACUCUGAAACGAUUCUGCCUUUUCCUCCUCUUCAUCGCUCUCUUCUCGAUCAUCGCGAUCGCCAUCGCCGCAUUGCCUGUAAUCUUCCUAUUAAAGCCUCGACAGCCGAUCUUUUCUCUCGAAUCACUGCGAUUGGAUUGGUACAACAUUAGCCUCAACUCUGCCUCUCCAUUUAUCUCUUCGGUUUUCACCUUGACUCUCAACUCUCGAAACCCUAACAAAAUCGGCAUUAAGUAUAGUCCGUCGAGGCUUCUCCUGAUCCACGAUGGAAACGCCAUGAUCGGAACCAUACGAGUCCCCGAAGUGUUCCAGCCCGCUCGUAGUGACGAUCGGAGUGUUCGAACUCGUCUUCUGCUGCAUCGAUUCAAUGUCGAUUUGUUCGAUGCGACGCCAGAGUUUGUUGAGAUGAAAAUCAUUGGCGAUGUUGGUGUAGAGCUGUUUGUGCUUCAUAUGGCUGUGAUCAAGAUGAAGGUUGCUCUGAACUGCAAUGUGGAUGUUCAUUACAGAGGGCUUAAUUUCAGAGAACAAUUACUCGGCAAUGGAGCAACCGUUGCAAAAGCUUUGGAUUCAUUUCCUUCCAACACCAACACAACGGCCACAAACUGUGGCGUCGCUUUUUACUUAUGAAGAUGCUUAACUCACUAAUUAAGUAAUUAGUGGUUAAGUGUUUUGUUUAAUCU